UGUUGUGAUAAAAUAUUAUGACCAACAGCACCUUGGGGAGGAAAGGGUUUAUUUCAGCUUACAGCUCUCAGGUCACACUCCACUUCUGAGGGAAGUCAGGACAGGAACUCAAGCAGGGCAGGAACCUGGAGGCAGCAGCUGAUGCAGAGGCCAUGGCGGGGCGAUGCUCACUGGCUUGUUCCUCACGGCUCGCUCAGACUGUUUUCUUAUACUAUCUAAGACCACCUGCCCAUGGGUACACCGCCCCAAGUGAGCUGGGCCCUCCCACACCAAUCAUCAAGAAAACUCAUCACAGGCCAACCCAGUGGAGACAUUUUCUCAGUUGGGGUUCCCGUUUCUCAAAUGACUCUGGCUUGUGUCAAGCUGACAUAGAACUAGCCAGCAGAAUAAGUAAACUAUAAAACAAUCUAAAAUUAAUUAUAAUUAAGUGCAAUAUACUACGAUGAUAAUGAAUUUCAUUUUGAUGAAAUGCAAUUUAAAUUACUUUAAACUUUAACUUAAUCAUUUUUUAAAUGCGGCAGGGGGGGCAUUUAAAAUGUCGGGGGAGAGGGGGUAAUAGAACUCAGGGGCCCAUGUGUGCCCAGGAUGUGCUUUACAGCUGAGCUACGUAUUCAGCCCUUUUAACAUUUCAUUUGGUUUUUAUUUUAAAAUGUAACCCAGUUUAUCAAAAAUAACACCAUUGCAACAAGAGGUCUCAGCCACCAUUCGAGGUCUUGGUAGCCACGUGUAACUGGUGGCAUGAUUGUCGACCGUGAUUCCUGUGUGUGGAACGCCAGACAUGGGAAGGGUCAUGGGAAGGGUCAUGGCUGACAGUCUCGGGUGCUUGGCUCACCGGAUGCAUUCUUGCCUGCUGCUGUCCUGGAGGCUUUCUGACUGUAGUUUCCUCCACUGCAAAACUUGACCUUGGCUCCAAAGAACCUUGAAGGUUCUGGAAACAGCCCAGUUUAGGGGCAGCUCUUUGACUGGGAAAAGGCUUUCACUGGGGAACAUGAGAGCCAAGCUCCCUCCUGGCAGAACAGCUGGCCUGGCUAGGAUGAAGGCAGGGAGGAUGGGCCUGUCCCCAAUGAGAAGUUUGCUGUUUUAUCCACAGGCCUUUAGAAUUAAUGUAUAGUAUGUAGCCCAGGCUGGUCCAGAACUCCUUGUCCAUAUGAUAUAUCUCUUUGAUGAAUGAAAGAAUGGAAGGCGCACAUUCACAGGAAAACUUGAGUGUGGAUGCUGUGGGAAGCGUGGUCACCACAGUUCAAAGGUGGGGGACCAUAAUUAGCCACCCAGGGAUGCAUGGGGAAGUGCCAUGUCUCCUUGAAGUAAUGGCCCUUUAUUCACCAGAGAAGGGAUAGAUGGGGAUAAAUUCGUGCUCUGGAUGAGUGAGCUUUGAAAAUCGAAUGCUAAGAAGAGGCAAGUGCAGGGAGGGAGGCAAGGAGGGAUGGUAGGUCCGUGGUUGCCAGAGGCUGGGCUAGAGACCCGCAUGGGGAGUGGCCGCUCAGCAGAUGUGGGGUUUCUCUUGGGAUGAUGAAAAUGCUCUAAAUUGAUUGGAUGGUGUGACACAGUGCCGGGGACACACUGAACCUGCUAAGCGAACAUUUCAAAAGGCAGCAAGACGGCUCAGCAGGUAAAUGUGCCGUGGCCAAGUCUGACCACCUGAGCUCCCAUACAGUGGAAGGGAACUGACUCCUGCUGCUGUCCUCUGACCUCCACACCCGAGCUGCUGUCGCACGCACACACGCACACACGCACGCACGUAUGCAUGCACACACACACGCACACAAAAAGAGAAACAAAAAUAUCGAGUGUUUUCAUUAAGUAGUACUGAAGAAAAUUAUACUUGAGAAAAGUUAAAAGAUGCAUUUUGGGGGCUGGGGGUGUGGCUCAGUUGGCAGAGUCCUCGCCUAGGAUACAUAAGACCCUGGGUUUGAUCCCCAGCAUUUCGUAAGAUUGGCUGUGGCACAGGCUUGUAAUCCCAGCACUUGGGAGGUAGAGGCAGGAGGAUUGGAAGUUCAAGGUCAACCUGUACUACACAGUAAGACUGUCUCGAAAAACAACAACAGCAACAACAACAACAACAACAACACACACACACACACACACACACACACACACACACACACACACACACACACCCCCUCCUGGUCCGGAUCAUACAAUGAUGGGAAGGGCAUAGAUAUCAACACACAAGUCUGAAAUGUUAAGACACAAGUCUUAAGCUUUCCCCACCAGGAGUCUGGUGUUGACCUUGGAUGGAGGUGCAGUGACCCCACUGAGGCAAUGUGACCUAACUCUGCCCUUGAGAACUGGCUCAGUGGCCCAGAGCUUCCUGCUGCUUCAGUGACCCAAAGAAAUACGCUUUUAAAGUUCUCCUGCCCCGGGGCUGAAAAGAACCGAGAUCCUUGGGCAGUGGGACCUAGCGCUGCUCUCAGAGGACUUCUGGCUCUGGUACCUCUAUGACCGUGCCCCUGGCCCGGCUCUACCUCCCCCACCCGCCCUUCUGCUCGGAGCACUCCCAAUCGCAGGCCAUGGCUCCUGGUCCGGAUGCUCUCACUGCCAUGAGGCCUGCACUUUGCAAGGCUGAAGUCCAAAGUUCAGCCCCUUCGCUAAGCACACGGAUAAAUAUGAACCUUGGAGAAUUUCCCCAGCUCCAAUGUAAACAGAGCAGGCAGGGGCCCUGAUUCACUGGCCGCUGGGGCCAGGGUUGGGGGUUGGGGGUGCUCACAGGGCUUGACUAGUGGGAUUUGGGGGGGCAGUGGGUGCAGCAAGCCUGGUUCGUGACUGCCAGCCUGCCGGCAAGUAGACACCGGCCGUGGGUGGGGGAGGCGGCUAGCCCAGUGGCCUUGGGCCGCGUGGCCUGGUGGUAGUGGAGCCAUGGUUUCUAAGCUCAGCCAGCUGCAGACGGAGCUCCUGGCUGCCCUGCUCGAGUCCGGCCUGAGCAAGGAGGCUCUGAUUCAGGCCUUGGGGGAGCCAGGGCCCUACCUGAUGGGUGGAGAUGGUCCCCUGGACAAGGGUGAGUCCUGCGGCGGGAGUCGAGGAGACCUGGCCGAGCUGCCCAAUGGCCUGGGGGAGACGCGUGGCUCGGAGGAGGACACGGAUGACGAUGGGGAAGACUUCGCGCCACCCAUUCUGAAAGAGUUGGAGAACCUCAGCCCGGAGGAGGCAGCCCACCAGAAAGCCGUGGUGGAGACACUUCUGCAGGAGGACCCAUGGCGCGUGGCGAAGAUGGUCAAGUCCUAUCUGCAACAGCACAACAUCCCGCAGCGGGAGGUGGUCGACACCACCGGUCUCAACCAGUCCCACCUGUCUCAGCACCUCAACAAGGGCACCCCCAUGAAGACGCAGAAGCGGGCUGCUCUGUACACCUGGUACGUCCGCAAGCAGCGAGAAGUGGCUCAGCAAUUCACCCACGCGGGCCAGGGGGGACUGAUUGAAGAGCCCACAGGCGAUGAGCUGCCGACCAAAAAGGGACGGAGGAACCGGUUCAAGUGGGGCCCAGCAUCCCAGCAGAUCCUGUUCCAGGCCUACGAGAGGCAGAAGAACCCCAGCAAGGAGGAGCGGGAGACCUUGGUGGAGGAGUGUAAUAGGGCGGAGUGCAUCCAGAGGGGGGUGUCACCGUCUCAGGCACAGGGCCUAGGCUCCAACCUUGUCACGGAGGUGCGUGUGUACAACUGGUUUGCCAACCGGCGCAAGGAAGAAGCCUUCCGGCACAAACUGGCCAUGGACACAUACAACGGGCCUCCCCCGGGGCCAGGCCCGGGCCCUGCACUGCCUGCUCACAGCUCCCCGGGCCUGUCCACAUCUGCCCUCUCCCCCAGUAAGGUCCACGGUGUGCGGUAUGGACAGCCUACAACCAGUGAGGCCACCACCGAGGUGCCCUCAAGCAGCGGCGGCCCCUUAGUGACAGUGUCUGCGGCCUUACACCAAGUGUCCCCCACGGGCCUGGAGCCCAGCAGCAGCCUGCUGAGCACUGAAGCCAAGCUGGUGAGUGAACAGCUCCACCCUGUGUGGAAACCCUGCGUAGCCCCAUUUUCUAUGGCUAGGAGACAGUGUGGGGAUACUCCUACUCAACUUGCCUUACCCUCCUCACAGGUCUCGGCCACUGGGGGUCCCCUGCCCCCAGUCAGCACCCUGACAGCCCUGCACAGCUUGGAGCAGACAUCUCCAGGUCUCAACCAGCAGCCGCAGAACCUCAUCAUGGCUUCGCUGCCUGGGGUCAUGACCAUUGGGCCUGGGGAGCCCGCCUCCCUGGGCCCCACGUUCACGAACACAGGCGCCUCCACCCUGGUCAUUGGUCUGGCCUCCACCCAGGCACAGAGCGUGCCGGUCAUCAACAGCAUGGGCAGCAGCCUGACCACCCUGCAGCCGGUCCAGUUCUCCCAGCCGCUGCACCCCUCCUACCAGCAGCCUCUCAUGCCCCCUGUACAGAGUCACGUGGCCCAGAGCCCCUUCAUGGCCACCAUGGCCCAGCUGCAGAGCCCCCACGCCCUCUACAGCCACAAGCCCGAGGUGGCCCAGUACACCCACACAAGCCUGCUUCCGCAGACCAUGCUGAUCACAGAUACCAACCUCAGUGCCCUUGCCAGCCUCACGCCCACCAAGCAGGUAAGGCCCUGCCUCCCGAAGGUCUUCACCUCAGACACAGAGGCCUCUAGUGAGCCUGGGCUUCAUGAACCAUCAUCUCCAGGCACCACCGUCCACAUCCCCAGCCAGGACCCAUCAAGCAUCCAGCUCCUGCAGCCGGCCCACCGGCUCAGCACCAGUCCCACCGUGUCCUCCAGCAGCCUGGUGUUGUACCAGAGCUCCGACUCCACCAACGGGCACAGCCACCUGCUGCCAUCCAACCAUGGUGUCAUCGAGACUUUUAUCUCCACCCAGAUGGCCUCUUCCUCCCAGUAACCAUGGUGACUGCCUCUCAGGUGCUGGGUUCCCAGAGCCUAUACUGCCUGCACAGGGGACAAGAAGGACCACAAGCCAUGCUGCUUGGAGGACAUCUGAGACUGCCAUGUGUCUCCUGCCAUAGGCUGCUGGCCUUCUCAUCCCCCAGCUGCUCCUCCAGCAUCACAGAGGGAUGGCUCUGGGGUGUCUCAGCCUGAGAAGGGGACCACAAGCGACUGGAAGACAGAUCGAUCUGGGCAGUGUUUUGGAAGAUGAUCCCGUUGCUCAGAAUAGGAGACUUGAUACUUGGAACAGAGGGGGAAGCCUGUGAUGUUGGCACCCCCAGUCAGAGCCUGCAGCCCCCACAGGACCUGAGGCCCUAGAUCCACCGCUGCCUUCUGUCUCCUGUGCAUCCUCAGGCCAUUCCACCCUGCGCCAGAUCCUUCCAGCCAGCGAUCCACAUGCUUGUUUGCGGAUCAUCCUCCCCACCCCAAACAUGGGUUUUCCAAGCAGCUGUUCUGUGAGGCCUGGGAGCUCUGGGGGCUCAUGCAGGGCUCUUCUAGGCUUUCUCGAACCGAGCCAUCCCCUCUCCAGUCCUAGGAUCUCAUUUGCUCCCUCGGACGGACAUGUCUUUGAUGCCAGCCUGGUAUCUUGCCUCUACUAGAAAGGCCACUUCAGGGAAAGGGGUUGUCAUCCCUGUUCCUUAGGGUGUGUGACUCCCGGAGGCGACACCCUGGGCCAUCAGCUCCUCUGGCUUUAGGGCCCCUGACAACAAUUCCUUCCAUUGUGAGGGAGGCGGAACUCAGAAGGCAAGGCCUGAGCAGUGUCUGGUGGAGAGAGCGUUGAGACCAGCAGAGAGAAGUCACCUAACUGGCCUGGGCUGAAGCCUGGGGACCAGCAGCUAUUCUGAGGCAUCCAAGGUCCUGAGUGCGGCUGUGAGGGGCAAAGCAGCUCUGUGAACCCUUGGGCCUACUACAGAGAACCUGGCUCUUAGCGGGCUCCUGUCUGGGACUGAGGAAGGGCCAGGCGAGAGCCAGUGUCCCCUGCAGCUUAGAGCCAGCUACGGACAAGUCUGUACACUUAUUUAACUUUUAGUAAAGUCAAUGAAAAAAAUGUAAUGGGAGCUUCCUGCUUAUCCCUCAGUGGCCAGGAGGGAGGGCAGAGGGAAGCCAGGCGCAGGCCAGGGGACCUGAGGCAUAGGCAGACUCCAGACACAUGGUUGCACGUUUCUCUUGUUUACCUGGAAACGAGGUAAGGUGACUCCACCUGAAUCUGUGCCUCCUCCCUGCAGAAGAUUCACUGAAAGAAACCCUGUCCACGUGUGGUGCCAUUUCCUGGGUCUUGAAGCUGGGGUGAGGAAGCAGGUCAUGGGGUGUGGAUGGGAGGGUCCCACACGUGGUUUUUAUUUAAGAUGUUCCCCAACUUUCUGUGCUGAGGAUGUGGCUCAGUGGUAGAGCCCUUGCCUAGUGAGCAUGACGGUGUAGGUGUGAUCCCCAGCACCAACACCC